AUUGACCCAAGUAAAAGCCUCAUUUUUCAAAGAUGGCAGGUGUCGAGGGUGACGUGGCAAGACCUCAACUCCGGCAGCAAUUUACUAGCUUUCAAAUCCUGUGCAUCGUCCUGAGUGGUCUUAUAGGCACAGGCGUCUUCGUCACGAAUGCUGACGCUCUACAACUGGCCGGUCCCGGUGGCCUGUUGCUUUGCCUCUGUCUGCUCAGUAUCAUCACAAUAGGUGUUAGCGAGACAGUGAGCCAUCUGGUGCAGCUCUUCCCUGCGCCCAAUGCGAUCUUUGAAUACGUGUCAACCUUCGUGGACCGUGAACUGGCCUGGGUGGUUGGGCUUGCAUACUGGUAUGCAUGGACUUCUGUCUUUGCUACUGAAAUGCUGACAGCAGCGACCAUUAUCCGAUAUUGGAAAGCAUCUCCCUUUUUAACAUCUAUAAUUUCCUACGUUGUGAUCCCUAUCAUAUUGGUCUUCAUCAAUACUCGGCAUGUUCAGGUCUUUGGGUGGAUUGAGGCUAUUGGAGGAGUUCUCAAGGUUUUCCUCAUGACCACCCUGACUAUUGCCAUUUAUCAUGCGGCUGACUCUAGUUGGCUCUCCCCCCUCCCCUCCUUCUCACAACACAUCGUCGCAUUGCUGACACUUAUCAAGAUAAUGAUGGAGGCAACCAAGGACCAAUCAAUGUCGGGAUCGCCCCGAAUCAACAGUACACAGACCACGUCGGCGUUGCCAUCUGUGUGGCAUUGCCCCUCGUCGCGUGGAGUUUCGGUGGCAUCGAAAGUACAACCAUGGCAGCUUUUGAGACACGGCCUCUACGCCGGCAAGGCCUAGUGGGUGAGCAUCAGCAGCCAAAUUAUAAUGCUCAGUCUCCAUCAAGAAGCUGGGGGCAUCUAUCAUCGCCGGCCAAUCCUCUUCACCGGGCUUGGAAUCGAAAUACCGGUUUCAAUCAGCACCGCGGUGAUCGGGAUCUGAAGAGUCUAAAAGAUAUAGCGUGGGCAUCCAAUUCAGUUCAUUGGAUUGCUGUCUUGCUCUACUUACUCUACAGCCUCGCGAUUGCCCUCACCGUUCCUUGGGACUACCUCUCGGCCCCCUGGAUCUUUUCACUAGAAGGUCCUAUCAUCCACUUUGGAAAU